UACUUGGUCGCUGCUGAUAUCAAAGAUGAUAAGAGAAAAAGAGCCCUGUUGAUUUAUUUGGCUGGAGAACCAGUUGCAGAUAUCCUGAAUACAAUCCCAGAUAAUGGAGAUGAUUACAAAACAGCGUUAGAAAAGCUCACGGGACAUUUUGAGCCACAGAAGAACUUGCUUCAUGAAACAUAUUUAUUUCGCCAGGCCAGACAAGAGCCAAAUGAGACUUUAGGUCAAUUCCAUGUUCGAUUACAGAACUUAGCAUCACGUUGUGACUUUGGGGAUAGAAAAGAGUUCGAAAUAUUGUUACAAAUUGUCACAAAUGGAUCAUCAAGUCGUUUACGAAAGAAAGCUUUACGAGAUCCAAAAUACACAUUGAAAGAAAUGUUAUUAGAUGGCCAAAGAGAUGAAACAAGUACACAGCAAGCAAGUAGCAUUGAAGGUAACACUGAAAUAAAGCAAGAAGUGCAUCGUGUAAUACAAAGUCAGCACAAGAAAGGACAUAUACAAACAAAGAAAUGUCAUCAGUGUGGAGGAUCUUACCCUCAUAAAAACCAGACCUGUCCAGCUGCUGGUAAGAUAUGUCAUAAAUGUGGGAAAAAGAACCACUUUGCAAAGUAUUGUUUGAGCAAAACUCAACAAGUGCCAAGGAAAACACAGCCUUUCAAAAGACAUGUUAGGCCAAUUACAACAAAAUCAGUGAAUAAAGCACAAAGUGAUUCUGAUUCAGAUUUUGAUUACCUUUAUGCUGUGAAACAGAAGAAAAAACCUGGUAACGCUGUUACUGCCAAAAUCAGUGAUUACAAAUGUGAUUUACUUGUGGACACAGGAGCCUCAGUAAAUAUUCUUGAUGAAGAAACAUUUAGUCAGAUACCAUCAGAUCCUAAAUUAGAGAAAACAACAGUUAAAGUGUACCCAUACAACAGCAACAGCCCUGUGAAAUUGUUAGGAAAAUUCCAAGCCACUGUGGAGACCAAAAAGCGCAUUACUGUAGCCACAUUUUAUGUCACAGAAGGGAACUCUGGUUCACUAUUAGGUUCAGAGACAUCCCAAGAACUUGGUCUUGUUACAUUUCAUAUCAAUCCAAUGGUUUCAAAAGUGAAAGAUAAAAAUGUGAAACCACAAAUUGCUUCCACCUGCUCAUGGAUUCCUAUCAGAUCUACCCAUGAUAAAUCAGUUGAUGCUGCUUUACUUGCAAAUAAAGAAAUUUUUAGAGGAAUAGGAAAGUUAGAUGGAGUUCAAAUUAAAUUAAACAUUGAUGAAAAUGUAACUCCAGUUGUUCAAAAUACCAGACGCAUACCAUUCCACAUCAGAAAGCAAGUAGAAGAAGAAUUGUUAAGUCUGGAAGCACAAGGAAUAAUAGAGAGAGUGCCAGAGGGGCAAGCAACCCCUUGGAUAUCCCAGAUAGUUGCAGUACCAAAGAAGGACAAUAAGUCAAUUCGGAUUUGUGUUGAUAUGCGUUCAGCAAACACAGCCAUAAAAAGAGUUAGGCAUGUCAUGCCCACAGUUGACGAAAUUAUGGUACAAUUAAAUGGAGCCAAAUUCUUUUCAAAGAUUGACCUUAGUCAAGCUUACCAUCAAUUAGAAUUGCACAAAGAUAGCAGAUAUAUCACUACAUUCAGCACGCACAUUGGUUUAUUCCAAUACAAAAGAUUGAACUAUGGCACGAAUGCAGCUGCUGAGUUAUUUCAACAUACAUUACAAGAAGCUUUAAAGGGUAUAGAUAAUGUCAGAAACUUAGCAGAUGAUAUUAUCAUCUUUGGCAAAACCAGAGCAGAGCAUGAUAAAGCAUUGAAUGAAUGUCUUGCAAGAUUAAAGGCAAGAAAGCUCACAGUAAACAGAGAAAAAUGUAAAUUUUUACAACCAGAACUUUCAUUCUUUGGUAUGGUAUUUUCAGAAGAUGGUGUCAAGCCAGAUCAAAAGAAGAUUGCAGAUUUAGUAGAUGCUCCUAUACCAAACAAUGCAUCAGAAGUGAGAAGUUUAUUAGGAAUGGCAAAUUUCAGUGCAAAGUUCAUACCAAAUUUUGCAGAUAUAACAGAACCACUGAGAAGAUUAACUCACAAAAACAUUGUAUUCAAAUGGGAGAAGGAACACUCACAAGCAUUUAAGAAACUCAAAGAUGUUCUGACAGACAGUCCAGUUAUGACAUAUUUUGAUAUUGACAAAGAAACAUACCUGAUUGUAGAUGCCAGUCCCAUUGGUAUUUCUGCAAUUCUUACACAAUCAAACAAAGAUGAGCCUCAAAAAGUGAUUGCAUAUGCCAGUAGAGCACUUACCCCUGUGGAGCGUCGAUACUCACAAACUGAGAAAGAAGCACUUAGUAUUGUGUGGGGUACUGAGCAUUUUCAUAUGUAUCUUUAUGGAAAAAGUUUCAACCUGAUAACAGAUCACAAGCCUUUGGAGGUGAUUUAUGGGAACCCUAAAUCAAAACCAUCAUUACGCAUUGAAAGAUGGGUGCUCCGCUUACAGCAAUAUUGUUUCAAAGUUAUUUACAAGCCUGGAAAAGAUAAUCCGGCUGACUUCAUGUCAAGACAUCCUACAACAGUCAGUGUCAAAGAAAACAUGGCAGAUGAGUAUGUGAGAUAUAUAACAAUAAAUGCGAUACCAAAAGCCAUGACCAUAGAAGAAGUACAAAGAGAGACAGAAAGGGAUGGGACACUCCAAGCAGUCAUAAAAGCAAUUAAAACAGGAGAUUGGAGUAACCAGUUUUUAGUACCUUACAAGUUAGCCAAAGAUUCAUUGACAAUAAAUCAUGCAAAUGGAAUUAUUUUGCGGGGAAACCAAAUUGUCAUGCCUAAAUCACUAUGGAAAAGAUCAGUAAAACUAGCUCACGAGGGUCACCAGGGCCUUGCUAAGACUAAAGCCCUGAUCAGAGAAAAAGUUUGGUUUCCAUUUAUUGAAAAAUUGGUAACAGAAGAGAUUAAUAGCUGUUUACCUUGUCAAGCAGUGGGAACACAAAAAGCACCAGAACCAUUGCGAAUGAGACCUAUGCCAUCUGGACCUUGGAAAAAACUGCAUAUUGACUUUUAUGGACCACUUCCAAGUAGUGAGUAUGUACUUGUUAUUGUAGAUGCUUAUUCUAGAUUCCCCAUAACAGAAAUUGUAAAAUCUACUGCUGCUUCAACCAUUAUUCCAAAAUUAGAUCAAGUUUUUGCAAUGCAUGGACUUCCUGAAGAAAUAGUAACAGACAAUGGUCCACCAUUUAAUGGUGAUGAUUUUAAAAGAUACUUGAUGACUCUAGGAAUAAAGUUUGACCCUUCUACACCAUUAUGGCCCCAAGGGAACUCAGAGGUAGAGAGAUUUAACCAACCUCUAGGAAAAGCAAUUAGAGCUGCAUGUAUAGAAAAUAGAAAUUGGAGACAAGAACUUCAAAGAUUUUUAUUGAGUUAUAGAUCCACCCCACAUGCAACCACAAAGAUUGCACCUUCAGAACUGUUAUACAAUAGGGUCAUUAGAGGGAAACUACCUUGUUCAAUCAAGACAAGUAAAUCUAAAAGACACAGAGAAGCUCAGGAAAAUGAUGCAGUAGGGAAAGAGAAGAUGAAAAGCUAUGCAGACAAAAGAAGACACACAAAGAUUUCUGAUAUCAAAGUUGGUGAUACCGUUUUGUUAAAACAAGAUAAAAAGAACAAGUUUUCUGCAAACUUUGAAAGCACUACUUACAAAGUUAUAUAUCGUAAAGGUUCCAGAGUAACAGCAGAAAGACAAGAUGGAAGGAAAGUCACUAGAAAAUUAGCUUUUUCAAAAAGUUUAGUAAGAAAGAUGAUGAUGAUGAUGAUUUGUCUGAUGAUGACAAUCACAAAAGAACAGAAACAGUCGAAGAGAAUAACAGAGAAAACAGAUAUCCUCUUAGACAAAGGCGAAUGCCUGAAAGAUAUGGAACAGUUGUAGCAACAGACUAGGAGGAGAAUUUAUUUUAUUUCUUUAUUUUUAUUUUUAAAUACUAUGCAAAGAGAACAGGACUCAAAGAACAAACACGUUAUGUUAUGUUUAUGUUGUCAAAAAAAGGGGGAAUGAUGUAAUGUUUUAUGAUUAUAAUUAUUAUCACAUAUGUAAGACCCAGGCCCCCCGGAAUCUAAGUUAGAGUUGAUACACGAGGCAGACAACAAAAUGGUGUACUAUCUGCGUUCACUCUUCAAUAUCCGACAUGACUGUGUAGCG